AAAAAUGUCUUGGUCUGCGAUAAAGAGAAAGAUCGUAUGUCUUCCUCAAAAAUUUUAUGCGAGUGAAAUUCUUCUCUUGGUUAUUUCGAUAAUUUUAGAGAUAACGUCUUCUUCGUUCCUGUAUACCACAAAGAAGAAUUGCGGGGGACAGUGUGUUCUGUUCGCGAAGUUGUUCGAGAGAGCUCGAAUUCUCCAAGGUUCAUCUCCCAGUUGGUGCUAUUUGCCAAUGGUUUUCAACUUAGCUGCUACCACAACUUCAGUCUUUGUGCUCAAAUUAAUAAUAAAAGGAAGAAGGUAUGGAUAAGUAGAUUGUAUAAAUUUUACCGUUGAACUGAUAUUUUUUAAGCAGUGAUACCAACUGACAAAUAUAUAAUUUUCAAAGGUGUUUUUAGUUAAUUAAUAUAUAGAAAUGAUUGUUUAUUUUGCAAUUAUUAUCUUCAUUGUAUGUCUUCAGUACAUGUAAAAAUGUAUUAUUUUAUUCUAUCCUACGUUAUGGAGAUAUUUGAAGAUGGUUUUCCUCUUUUGUUUUUCAGUUUUUUUGGUUGGUAUUAGUUUGGUGUUUGGUGUCAGUGAUAGUUUAAUUUUUUUUGUUGCUGAUAUUUAGAUGCAUGGUUAGAUAAUUGAAUUGUUUUCUGGUUUGAAAAGUUUUUAAAAAAGAUCAGCUUUUGGCCCCUAGGCUGCAGCCUUUGAUAAUUGAUAUGUAACACACAAGUGUAUGAGUAUACUUAUAGAAUAUAAAAAUAUAUUUAUAGAAUGUACAAUUAUAGAUUUAACAUAAUAAUGAGAAAUGUGCUUAGAGGUGAUAACUUCAAACAAAAAAACAAACAAACAAACAAACAAAAAUCACUGAUUGCAUGAGCCCUAUGGGUUUGUGCACUCUUCUUGGUCUUUGAGUAUCUUGGUCUUGGUCCUGGUCUUAACAGUAUCAAGUAUUUGAUGUAAUAUAUCAAACACGAGGAAGAGUGUUUCAUCCGAUAUCCAAACACCGAGAAGUGGUUGAGAAAACGAGGCGCAGCUGAGUUUUUUUUAACCAACUUCAAGGUGUUUGGAUAUCGGAUGAAACACCCUUUCGAAUGUUUGAUAUAGCUUCUCAAACCAUUAAUAAUUCUUGGAGAAAAUCAAAGCAAAAAGUCACCAGAUUUUAUGAUAAUUAAGAUCACAUAUCCAAACCUCCUUCACGGUUGUAAUUUCCUUUGUUUUCUCAGCAUGAAUUAUUAAUGAGUUUGAGAAAUAUUAUAUGAAAUCACACUCUAACCAUGUGAUUACCCAUAUUUGCUGUAUUGUAAUAAACAUUUUUGGCUCUGAAAUACAGUGAUUGCUUUAUAAAAACUGUUAGUGUCUCAUGUUGAACCAAAUCUGAGUUUUAAGUAAAUGUGCAGUGGUAUAUGUUUUGGGUAUUUUUUUUCCUUUCAGAUCUUGUCCAAAUUAAUAUAGCAUUUACCCUUUAACUCCCAUGAGUGACCAAGACAGAAUUUCUCCAUACAAUAUCAGAGCAUUAUAAACCAGAUAAGUCAUGAGAAUAAAGAAAAAUGUCAAUUUGUGAGUAAUUAGUUGAUCCUAUACAGAAUUCUCUGAACAAACAUUAUAAGAAUUGUGUGAUUGACAAUAGAAGAAUUACAAAUUUAAAGGGUAAACAGGGCUGUUUUCUUUUCAGGUCACGCAGCAGCAAUUUGAGAGUUCUUGGUCUAGGGUCACUUUCUGCAUUUCUUGUUUUGCUAUCGUCUUGGAUUAUUUCUUCUGGAUUUCGUGAAUUUUGCAAGUCAUUUGUCAUUAAUAAGUAAGUGAACACUUUUUUUGGGUCAAACAUAGUGAAGAGGGGGUUCAUGCUAGUUAUAAAAAAUCUAGAAAGUCAAGGAGAGUUGUAGAAAAUAAAAUUAAUAAAAAUAAAUGAAGAAAUGAAACCUUUAGUACACUUUAUUACACUAUUAUGACAUAAUAAUUAAUAAUAAUAGUUAUUAUUAAGCAACUUCUUGAUCAUAGUCAAAAGGAACAUCAAUAAGGUCAUGGUAAAAGUCGCUAGUAUUAUUACAUUCAGGGGGAUUCCUCACUUCACUAAACACUGUAAAUACUUUCUGUUAUUAAUUUUGUCACUGAUCCACACUGAAAUGGCCUUUACUGGUAGAAACAACUGUAGGUCUUCAAAAAUUGCUUCAUUGUGGGUAGAGUUAUCUCAUAAUGCAUUGUUACAUUUAAUUAAGAAUUCCUUGUUUUUAGUGUGAAAAAGUUAACAGUAAUUUAGAAAAAAGGCCACAUUGAGGCUUUAUUUUUACUAACUGCUCAACCCUUUAACACUCAUGAGUGAUCAAGACAGAAUUUCUCCUAACAAAAUCAAUACAAUAAAAUAACGACCAGAUAAGUGAUGAGAUUAAAGAAAAAUAUCAAUUUGGGGAUAAUUAGUUGAUCCAAUACUAAAUUCUCUGAACUAACAUUAAUAAGAAUUGUAUGGUUGACAGUAAGGAGAACUACAAAUAUGAUCUGGAAGUUAAAGGCUUAAGCAGUGUUCAUUACUGCAAAGAUCUCUCUCAUAGUCAAAGGCUGUAUUAUAGCUAGAGGGCCCCUUAUAUUCCUAUGUGAAACACAGUCACAUAAAAAUAUUUAGCCUUUUCACACAUCGCGAUUAAUAUCAAAAAUUAUAUCACAUUCACACAAAAUUUUGUAACAUUUUACAUAAAAAUAAAAAACCAAAUUCAUGAAUUAAUUUUGUACUUUUUCUGGUCUUGAUUAGUCUAAAGUGUCAAAUGAUGACACAAGGUCUUAUCUUAUUUGUUCAAGGACCAUUAGCUGUCUGGUUUAUGACUUUUGUCGAUCCAAAUGAAGUUCAUGUCCUGUCCAACUUAACCGCAAGAAAACGAUAGAUUUUGCAGAACCAUUUAAAAGCUGUUCAUUUAUCAAAGCAAUAUGGUUCACGGAUCACAUUAAUUUAGUUCUUCAUUCAAGAGUCUUAUUUAAAUAGAAAAAUCAGUUCAUGUGGACAUGAAAAGAUCUGUUAUCUUUGAUUAAUCAUUAUAAGGAAAAACAUCAACAGAUGAAUCAAGAGAAAAAAAAAACACCCAAUCAUGCUCCAUGUAAAAAGUACAGGGGACCCUCUUGCUAAUUUUUUCAGCAUCUCUUGAAACCUAGUGUGAAGGAAAAGCAGAAAAUGGUAAAAAAAUGCAUUUUUUACAUGCAAGGUUCUUAACCCUAAUCAGCCUGUAACAUCAGUAUGCAUAUUCUCUGUACUGUUCUCUGUACAUUUCCUGAGGUGCUGACAAGGAGAAUUAGUUUAACAAUCAAAGCUUCUUUACCUGGUGAUUAUUUCCUUUUUUCUUAUAACCUUAAUGGGUGUUUCAUGGGUGAUAUUGUAUGGAGAAAUUAGAUGUUAGUCACUCUCAGGGGUAUAAGGGUUAAGUUAGGAUGGGUGAGAAAAAUAUCAACACCAUGGUGUGGAUGAACAUUUAUUGCUCUCUCUUAUUUGAGGGAAGAAUGCAAGUUUUGGGCAUUGAGAAAUACAUACUGAUUUCCAUGCAAAUUACUCUUAUUGACCAUUCAUAAUUCUUGUAAUCAUAUAGCAUGGGUUUAAUUUCUAGAUUAUUUAUUUAAAAUAACUGUUUCCAUGUCAUCUUUGCAGAUGCAUUCAUGCACAUAUAAAGGCAAUGGAUUGGAAAAAUUUCACCCCCAAGUACACUGAUGGUGGUGAUUUAUAUUUCAUCUUACAAUUAGCAGAGGUAAGCAUUACAUUUUGGUCCUGCCUUCUUAGAGAAGUCUCCUAAUUGGUUAGAUAUCAGGGAAUUCUAUGAUAAUCAUAGAACUCCCAUAGUUAAUUUUGAUUCGACGGCCUAGUGGUCAGUGUGCUGGACUCCAGGUUGAAAGAUCUGGGUUUGAGACCUGGCCAGGUCAUAGAUUUCUUUCUCGCAAUGUGUCUCUCCAUCUCGCCAUAUAGAUGGGUUCCUAAUAAAAUGCUGGUAGGUACCUUAUGAUGAACUGGUAUCCUAUUGAAGAGGAAGAAGUACAUGUAACACUGUACUUACCUGUGUAUUGUGUGCACCUGUACUCCCAAUUGCUUCUUGUUUUGGGACUGAGAUAAACUCUUACUGGAUGAGCCAGUUGGCUAAUGAGUACAGACUUUCCCUAUGACCAUUUCUAUUGAGAUGUGAAACAUAUUCAUGGGUAUAGCAUAAGACAUAUUUACUAGAGACAAUACAAUGUAGUUGUACAGUUCCAGGGCUUUUUCACAUGAGGGUGACCAUUGUUAAGUGUCAAUUCAUAGUUUAUCUGAUUGGAACCCUAAGAAUCAAUUUAUCUUUAUUUUCCAAUGUUUUUUGGUGUAAAAAUUAGAAGGGGAAAAUAAAAUAAAUUAGGGGUAUAGAAAAAUAAAUAUCCAGUUCAAAUGGCUUGAAUUACAAGCUUCAUCAAUUUUGAUCUAAUUUUGAUUGUGUUUGUGUUUUUUUUUUUAUUAGGCAUCUGGCUGGUCUGCCUGUCUACUCCUAUGUGUUUUUUGUGUGACUCAUGCUCGAAAAUUGUUCGCAGGACUCCACACAACUAAAAACUUAAAUUUUUAUGAUGAAUAGUCUUUUACAAAGGAGUAUAUCUCAAAAUGAAAAACUCAAGCUAAAACUUCAGAAUGUUGUACAUGUAUCUCCUUUGAUAAAUGGUAAAAAUUAUAGGCACCAUAGUAACACGUCUUAUUUCCUAUAUUAGGUUAAUAAUAGAAGGUAGAUUAUAGUCCAAUGCACCCCUGAACAGUUUCAUUGUUUAUUGUUUUUUUUUUAUUUUUGAAGGCUCUUCAAAAAUAAAAAAAAUGUGAUAGUGGAUUUAAAAGAAAUCUUUAAAUAUAUAACAUAACUUAUUUCUUCAAAGUUCUAGGUAGCAGCAGAAAUGUAUCAAAUUUAAGAAAAUAUACUACUUCUUUGAAAUCAAUCAAUUGAUUUAAUUUUGACUGUGUCUAAACAUGUUUUUAAAAAAUGUUGUAUAUUUUCUUAAAGAAAGAAGAGAGAAAGUCAUGGUUACUAGCUAGCUAGUCUAGGCUGAUUUAACUCCCAAGGUCUCAUUAGUAAUUCUCCUCACUGCCUGCUUAAAGUUCUUGUGAUGUUAGUUUGGAGAAUUUGGUAUUGGAUCAAUUUAUAAUUCCCUAAUUGAUGUAUUUCUUCAUUCUCAUCACUUGUCAGCAUGAUAUUGUAUUGAUUUUGUAAGGAGAAAUUCUGUCUUGGUCACUUAUGGGAGUUAAAGGGUUAGGAGAAUUUGCCAUUACAUUGUUACUCUUAAACUGAUAUUUUUUGCUCAUCUUUAAGCAAAAUAUGGUGAAUUUCACCCAUAGCAUUUACCAAAGGUUAAUAAAGAAAUACAC